UGCAUGAGUAGCUCGCAAACUGCUCCAUUUUUUAACCUCUCCCUCUGUCUCUCUGUGAAGGUGGGGGCAGAGAGGUAUUAGCUGCGCGCUGCAGACAUCAUUAGGAGGGGAGACGCUUUCCACCGUCAGCGCCGGAGCAGAGCAGGGGAGCCCUGGCAACAAGGAGAGACACAAACUCAGCAGCCCGUUACACCCAACAGGAAUGGUGACUGCUCCUGCAGACAGACACACAGGCAUCUGAAACGCUUCCCUUCCCUUGCCGGAGAGGUCCAGGUUUCACAUCAGGAACUGCAGCUUCAGUUUAUUGUCAGCUCUCAGCUGAGCAGCAGGCUCCACCUACUCCACCGAAACAGCUCUGCCUCCUUUGCUCAGGGAGUGCUGAGUUCCUCAAUCCACAUACUGUAUUCUGAGAUUGCCUGGAACCCUCUCCAUGGGCUGUACCACCUGCUGACAAACCAGGGGGGUGUGGAGCAACGGUGGUGAAUGAGGCUUGUGCUGCGUGUGGGCAGGCUUUCCUUCAGAGGGAAAUGAUUCCGCAUGAAGUGCAACGCACUCGACCCCCCAUCGUCCUCUGCGGCAACAGCAGGUGUGACGUUGUGACGCUCUCCCCUACCACACUGGGCUCACCCCUCAGCCGCUAAAGAUUCCUGGACGGAUCAAACUGCCCCCGUUCCUCCCCUCUAACCACCCCUCCAUACUUUCAUCUUCAUCUUUAAUCCUUCCUCACCUGCCUAUUAGGGCCUAGAUUUUCUAUUUUAUCAAAGAAAUAACCUGAUAAUCAGCUGCCCUGGGUUAACUGGAUUGAGACGGGAGAAGAGACAAGAUUUAGAAAGUUAAUUAAUGUGAAACAAAGGACAGAGUGUCAAAAGUGACAAAGGGAGAAAGCAAAGUGAAAAAGAAAGUCAGAGUGAGAGCAGACAAAAGAUAGGAAAAGCAAAAGCCAAAAAGUUGAAGAAAGAUAACGCAAGUACAUUUGAGAGACGUGAAGUAAAGUCAGCAUGAAGUCCAACCAGGAACGCAGUAAUGAAUGUCUGCCCCCAAAGAAGAGGGAGAUCCCAUCAAGCACGUUACCAUCUGAAAAUCGCUCACCCACGCUGCCACCUCCCAAUGAUGGCCAGCGCACAGAGAACUUGACCUGGCUUGUGGCGGGAGGAAAUGAGAGCAGUAUGGGUGCACACCGUAGCACCAGUCAGUCUGACGGGCCCCAUUAUAAAUCCCCCUGCUCUUUAUCAGACUCUUCCUCCUCUUCUUCCUCACUGAGGCUAGUUUCAUCUCUACCUACAGUAUACACAUCCCCCCUAUCACAGUCCACAGUUGGAGGAACUGUCCACUACACCCAGCUGCCUCCCAGUCUGCAGUUUAUAGCGUCUCCCUUCACUACUCCAUAUACAGGCUACAUCUCGCCUCAACUGCUCCCCCCUCCUCCUCCACCUCCCCCCCAAUCCUCCUCCUCCUCCUCCUCUUCAGCUGCACAGAGAUCAUCAUACACAGAGACAGCUUCUGCUCCUACCCAGGUCUCCAAACAGGACCAGCAGCGAAUGUCCACAGUACGUACCUCCAUGCCUCCCCCUUCUACAGAACCUGUCCCUCACCACGUUCAAAUGUCAGCAUCUCCACGGACUGUGCCAUCUCCUCAUCACCUAGGAAGCACUCACCUUCCGUCCCAUCACAUGCACCCCCCCCACAGUUUGGGACAUGGCAUAUCCCAAGUUGUGAUGAAGUAUACUGAUGGAUCCUCCAGGAAAGAGGAAGGUGGCACCAGACCCAGAGAGCUCCACAAUGGGGAACUGGAAAGGGGUCGGCGCUUUGAAUCCAGCCUCUCCAAGUCAGGGAGCAAGUCACGGGAAUCCACAUCCUCUUUGUCUUCUUAUGAGGCCCGUCAGCUGGUUCUGCCAUCAGACUACUCCACUCAUGAUCCCUUAGGGCUGAGAACCUCUGUCAUGUUAGUACCCAACAGCCAUGGAGACCACCAAUUGGUACCACCCAGAGCCAGCCCUGAAAAGCUGACAGCUUCUGCCCCCACACACCUGGAGAAAGGAGGUAUCAUCAUGGGCAAGCCUGUCAAUCGCACACCCUCUUUGUCCAACACCACCUGCUCUUUCACAUUUCCACCUCCACUAAGUGUAGACAGUCUGAAAGCUGCUGUCAGCACUCUGUCACCCCAGACUGUUAUCCAGACCACCCACAACGCUACAGAGCCAGUGUCAAUGGGACUCCCUUCCACUAGUAUCUACCCACAGCCAUCUAUUAUAGGUUAUAUUGCAGGGAGCAGUGGGAGCAGCUACCACACCAGCCUACAGCAACACUUACUCAUUCCAGGCACCCAACCAGUCAUCAUCCCUGUUAGUGGAGGUGGAGUCCCUGCCUUGGAACCUGUAACCUCGCACAUUACAUCAUCUAACCAAGCUACACCUUUUCCUACUACACUCCCACAUACAUACAUUGCUGCCACUGCUCCCAAAGGAGAAACUUUGGAAACCCAAAGCAGCUCAUUUCAGGAGGCUGCUUCAGGUGCAGUGGUCCAAGCUCAGCUUCAUCUUCCCAUUGUUCCCCUUCCACCAGGGCUGGUUGUGCCUUCUACCCCUCCACCCCCCUCCAGUACAGUGGUGCCCUCCUCACUGCCCCCAUAUUUCAUCAAGGGUUCCAUCAUCCAGCUGGCUGACGGUGAGCUGAAACGUGUGGAGGACCUGAAGACGGAGGACUUUAUCCAGAGUGCAGAGAUCAGCAGUGAACUAAAGAUCGACUCAUCCACAGUGGAGCGCAUUGAAGGGAGCCACACAUCGCCCAACUUUGCUGUUGUUCAGUUCUCCAUUGGCGAACACCGUACCCAGGUGAGUGUGGAAGUUUUGUUGGAGUACCCCUUCUUUGUCUUUGGCCAGGGCUGGUCUUCAUGCUGUCCCGACAGAACCACCCAGCUUCUAGAGCUGCCUUGUUCCAAGCUUUCUGUUGGCGAUGUUUGUAUUUCCCUCACUCUCAAAAACCUGAGGAACGGAUCUCUGAACAAGACUCAACUUCUAGAGCCAGCCACCUAUACGUCUGUUCCAUCCCCAAACCAUGGGCACCUCAAACCCCCCAGAGCUGUCUUAGACGCUCCUCAGAGCUACAGUGGAGGAAACUCCAGGCACAGGGAGAGGGAGAAUGGGAUCAGUCAGCGAGGAAGCGGUGAAAGUGGGAAUGGGAGUGGAGGAGGCCCCAAUGUGGAAAAUGGGGAUGUCAUGUUUGGGGAAAGAGGAUCUGUUUCUAAAAGUCAGAUUGCCAGCAACACAGACGCAGGCUCCAGUAAACUAGGAGGAAGGAAAAGAAGGUGGUCUGCCCCUGAGGGUCGAAAAGUGGAAAAAUCAGAGGAGGAGCCACCUUUGACUCUGCCCAAACCUUCCUUCAUCCCUCACGAGGUGAAAGUCAGCAUUGAGGGAAGGUCAAAUAUUGGCAAAUAAAAGCUAGCGGGACUGUUAAUAACCCUCUGGGAUUUUAAAAAGUAUACACAACAAGAUUUUACAGACAAAGAAAAAAAUGCCCAUGUUAAUUUUUCAUUUGUCUUGGUUUUAUUUUCUGCUUUAUUUUAUUUUUAUUUUUUUUUAUCUUAAAUACUGUACUGUGGGGGUAAAUUUACCCUACAAGGUAUCACCUUACAUUAAGUCCAUGUAGUUUAUAACACAUUUUUUAUUAGUGGAUUUAAAAUUACACGAGCAAUCAGUGCCGUUUUGGUUAUUUUCAUGAGAUUACUUUCCGGUGAGGGAUUUGUAAAGUGUGCUUGAUGUUUAUUGGUGGCUUUGUGGCUCACUGGCACAACACCAGAUGGAUCAGUUUGGCCGCUUACACAUUAAGCGUUGUGUCAAGUCCUGUGCACUUUUAGCAAGGCUACCUGGACAAAAACAUUUUUCCACCACCUUUAACCAAAAUAGUGGCAUAAUGUCAGAUAAUCCUGAGCAUGAAGGAAUAAUGGGUAAAUCUUGGAGUGGGAUUUGAUAGAAUAUAACUAUAAACUUAUAGUGUCAGAUGUCAUCAGGUAACGCCAGUGUGCCACACAAUAGAGAGGGAACAACACUCUGCUCAGUUUGAUGGCAGUGGAGUCUUUACUUUCAUCUGUAGCAUUUUCAUCUUUUUUUUUUUCUUUUUUCUUGAACUCCUCUUCUCCUAGCUUACCAGGUGGUUGCUUUAAAUGAUUGUCACAAGCCUUAAUCAGGGUAAUUUUUGUCCUCGAUUGAGCCCAGGUGGUCAAUGUUAAUGUAUAAAUGUGAGAUAACCUAACCUAAUACAUGCAAGUGCAAAACACACUGGGUUGGUGAGCUUCACUUUAGGAAAAUGUUAAGAGGAAGGCUGUGUUCAAUCCUCAUAGCAUUUGAUGAAUUACUUUAUAUUUUUUAUCCAGAAAAGCUGCGUGAGAGGAACUGAAAGGAGCCUGCAUGUCAGAUCUGUGAGGGUCAGGAUGUUUAAAAGCACUUAACACACCUGUCACACUCACCAUACAGCCAACAGACUUUUGUUGUCUUUUUAUUCACACAGUACUGUAUGCUUUUAGAUCAUUUUUUUUUCUUUGACAGUGGAGGAACGUAGCAGCAGCACUUUGGAAAGGUGAAACUUCUGGAAAGAGAUGAGGGUGUUGUUUGGUAAUGUGAGAGCAGUUGUGCCAUGGAAUCACAAAGCAAGGGAUGGAUGUGACGGAUAUGAGAUCAUUUUCAGUUAGCAAAGGGUAAAGGAGAAAAAGACGUAGAGAAAAUAAGUUAGAAAUAAGCGCUACAUGCUGUUUGUAAGCUUUGCAAAAGUAUAGGGACAAGUAUUGGAAUGUGUGUUGACAGUUUAGGCUCUGGCUUAAAGAUGAAUACAGAAAAAAGCUUUGAAACAUCCCAUUGGUGUUCUGUACUGACCUGAGAGCUUAGAAAACUCAUGCCACAUAAUUGUGAAGGUCAUCUUAUAUUUGUAACGUAUGUGUGCGUGCGUGCGUGUGUAUGUGUGUGUGUGUAUGUGUCCAAAUACCCACACACAUCUUUAACGUAGGCACAAAACAGUACAGACCAUCUCUAAUCUAAUCCAAUCUCGGUGACCUAUGAUAUGCACUGUAUUCGUCAAUACACAUUUAAAUGACUGCAGAUAGAAACAUUUUGGUGCAUGUUGUCUUACUGUAAAGACACUAGUGGGCUGACAUUUGAUUGGUGCACACUUCUGACAGUCCAGUUGUACUUAAAAGUGCUCUGCAGUAUAUUUGUGUAUGGGUAUGAGUAUGUGUGUUUGUGUAGGAAAAAGAUAUAAUCAUUUGAUAUAUACAGACAAUAUUAAAUGUCCAGUGUUUCUACUUGGUGUCUUUACUUAAGAGAAUCUUGCAAUUUGCACAUCAGGAGGAGGGAAGUAGUCAGAGACACGAUUUUUGGCCCUGUCCUGAAACAAGCCCUAGAUCACGUAAACACACUGGAGGAGACCAGGGUUUUUUUUUUCUUUUUCUUUCCUCAGCAGGCACUUAACACAUUCAGAGCAAAUGUUUCUACAUCUGCUCACUUUAGGUCAAAUUACAUUAAGUUAUUCAAACCCAAGCAUGGCUAUAGAGCAGAAUUUUUAAAUGUGCCUGCCUACUGGAUUUAAUCAAAGAUGAACCGUUUCUAGUGUCGCUCAAGGAGUCUCCCUCCAUGCAGUUGAAGCCGUAGUUGUCCACGGUGGAAGGUGUAGUUUGAACAUGGCCUGUGCUCAGUCAGCUGGAAAACUGUAUUGCUAAGAUGUAGCAGUUACCUCAGCAGAUGUGCUUGCUUGGUGAGUCAACAGAUGAAUUUUAAUGCAGCAGAGUAAGAGGUUGAACUUGCUUAAAGGGUUUUAUGUAAAGUCUUGUUCAUUUUUUGAGCUGGUGUAAUGUAACGUGGGGACUGCCCAAUGAUUCAUUCUAAAUAUGAUAAACAAUUAACUGAAACAUUUCAAACAUUAAAAGAUAAGAAAAGAAAUGAGUGUUACAUCAGAAGUAAUGUCUUUUAUUUAAUAAAUAUUUCUCAUAUGCUGCAUCUUAUGAGCAUGUGAAAUCAGCAUGUACAGGUUGCUGACCCUGAAGUGUUCAUAAGGAGACGGUUGCCUCCUGCAGGCAUAUCUGUUGAGCAUGAUCUGUUUCUUCUCAGCCUCCACAUUUAGCUGUUUUAUGGCUUUCAUCACCUGCUUCUAAGACACGUAUCAUUCAUAUUUUCAUCCCACUGAUAAUAAAAACACAUCAAAUUGGAGGGAUACAAAAUACGUGAACGAUGUUUCAGGUGGUGGGAGUUUACCAGGGUGGUGACAUGAUGGAUAUGUACUCAAAUAGAGGAGAAAUGGGUGGAAAGAUGCAGAGGGGGAGGGAAUAAGAAGACCCCAAAUGAGAUUUGAAAAUGCUUUAUUUUUUAUAAUAAACAGGGUUGUCAGAUCAACGCCA